CGGGCGCUGGAGGCGGCGCCUGUGGAGCCAGCGCCGGGCGCGGGACUCUGUGCAGGUGAGCUCAGGGGCCAGAGUCUCCCCGGAAAGAAGCCCCCUCCAAGCUCCAUCCCAGCCAGGCCCGUGGGCGCAAUGGGGGAGAAGGUGCUGGUGACAGGUGGCGCAGGCUACAUCGGCAGCCACACGGUGCUAGAGCUGCUGGAGGCCGGCUACUCGCCCGUGGUUAUCGACAACUUCCACAAUGCCAUCCGCGGAGGGGACGCCCUGCCCGAGAGCCUGCGGCGGGUCCAGGAGCUGACAGGCCGCCCGGUGGAGUUUGAGGAGAUGGACAUCCUAGACCAGGCUGCCCUGCAGCGUCUCUUCACGAAGCAUAGCUUCGUGGCCGUCAUCCACUUCGCGGGGCUCAAGGCCGUGGGCGAGUCGGUGCACAAGCCUCUGGACUACUACAGGGUCAAUCUGACCGGGACCAUCCAGCUUCUAGAGAUCAUGAGGCGCUACGGGGUCAAGAACCUGGUGUUUAGCAGCUCAGCCACCGUGUACGGGAACCCCCAGUACCUGCCUCUGGAUGAGGCCCACCCCACAGGGGGCUGUACCAACCCCUAUGGCAAGUCCAAGUUCUUCAUCGAAGAGAUGAUCCGGGACCUGUGCCGGGCAGACAAGGCCUGGAACGCGGUGCUGCUGCGCUAUUUCAACCCCACAGGGGCCCACGCCUCUGGGUGCAUUGGCGAGGACCCCCAGGGCGUCCCCAACAACCUCAUGCCCUACGUCUCGCAGGUGGCGAUCGGGCGCCGGGAGGCCCUCAACGUCUUUGGCAAUGACUACGACACGGAGGAUGGCACAGGCGUCCGGGAUUACAUCCACGUGGUGGAUCUAGCCAAGGGCCACAUCGCAGCCUUGAAGAAGCUGAAGGAACAGUGUGGCUGCCGGAUCUACAACCUGGGCACGGGCACCGGCUACUCAGUGCUGCAGAUGGUCCAAGCCAUGGAAAAGGCCUCUGGGAAGAAGAUUCCAUACAAGGUGGUGGCACGGCGGGAAGGUGACGUGGCUGCCUGCUAUGCCAACCCCAGACUGGCCCAUGAGGAGCUGGGCUGGACAGCAGCCUUGGGACUGGACAGGAUGUGUGAAGAUUUGUGGCGCUGGCAGAAGCAGAAUCCUGCAGGCUUUGGUGCCCAGGCCUGAGCCCCCAAACCAGAGAAGAGCACGCACAGCAGCUGCCAGCUCUCCAGCCUCUGGCAGAGAGGCCUGGGCAGCCGAGUCAAGGCCUCCCCUACCUCAGGCCCUGGCUGGGCCGGCUCAGCCCACCGGGAAGGAGGCCAUGGGCUCCAUGGACCAGGCCCUGGAGUUAGGAGUCUCUCUUACUAUCACAGGGUCCAGCAACUUCCAGGACCAUUGACAGCAGGGAGGGAGGCUCCAGGACCAACCCCCCACCCUACCCCUGCACCCACACCCCCACCCCAGGUACUAAUUUAUACUACAGUGAAGGAGCUCUCCCAAGUAUUUAAAAUAAAAGUUCCCUGACACAGGGCAGCUGGAG